AUGGGCGAACGCACUUGCAUUAGAGAUGUUGCAACAUGUUUAAAUUUGGCACUAUCAACGGUGUGGAGGUUGAUAAAAAGAGGCGAGAUAAAGGCUCAUUCAAAUCCACUACACCCGGCUUUAACCGAUGCCAACAAAAUAAGGAGGGUGGAGUGGAUUUUGAGCCUUAUCCAAGAAGACACGAUUCAAAGACACUCGAUUUACAAAGUAAUGUACGAUUUUAUUCACAUGGACGAGAAGUGGUUUUAUUUAACCAAGAAAACGCAAAGGGUUUAUUUAGCACACAAAGAAAAAGUCCCAUAUAAGGCAGCAAAGUCAUCAAAGUUCAUACCUAAGUCCAUGGUGGCAGCACAAAAAGACUCAAAGAAUCGACUAAGGGGGUCAAUAGAAAUAAAACCAACCAAAUCAGUUAAUCAAGAGGUUUAUAGGAGUAUACUUAUACAACAAUUGAUUCCGGCUAUACUAAGAAAAUGGCCAAGUGAAGGACCUUCCAUUAUUUUUAUUCAACAAGAUAAUGCAAGGGUUCAUAUCACAAACGAUGAUCCAAUAUGGCAACAACACAAUAGGCAAGGGGGUUUAACUUUCAUUCUUAUUGAACAACCUCUAAAUAGUUCGGAUUGUAAUAUUCUAGACUUAGGUUUCUUUAGGAGCAUACAAUCACUUAUACAUAAAAAGAUGCCCAAAACAUGA